AUGCCGGUGCCAACGCAAAAUUGGGACUUUCAAGCUCUCGAUGAGCCAGACGUAUUCAAAUGCACCUUUGAGAACUGCGAUAAAGUCUUUGAGAAUGCAAAAGACCUGAGACGCCAUAAGGUCAACGACAUCAACCACCACUAUUGCAAGAAAUGCGACCUCGACUUUGCUAGCGAUACCCAGCACAUCAUUCACAGAAUCGCCACUCCUUCCAAGCACAUAACGUGUCCCCUGUGUGCCACAGACUUCAAAGUGCGAGCCGGCCUCGACCGACAUUGUGAAGUGAUGCAUCCCACCCAGCAGCAGAUCAACUGCAUAGCCUGUAAGGGUGUCUUUGGUAGUAUGGCAUCGAUGAUGGAUCACAUUCAGAAAGGUCAAUGCAAGAUCUCGUCCGAAGAGUGGCAUCUGGAGCGCGCAGAACGAACUCUGCAGAAGGAGGCAUUCCUCGAGCGACGCGACCAGAACAUCGGCUCGCAUCUCUCUAGCCGCUCCAGCGACCUCGAUGUCCAAGAUGGAGGCGUAUCGCUCCUAGAGCACAGCAACGUCACCAAGCUCAACGACGAUGCUGCUCUGGCGGAGAUUGACAACCUCGCAUCUAGGAUAUCGAACUUGACGACCGCCAAUGGCACAGAAGAGCCCCUCGGUGGCAAAGACAGUGUUGUAGGCAAUGCUAGUAGCGUCGCUGCUAACGAUGCUUCGAUGCUCUCGUACAACAGCACCAUCGAUACAAGCCUUUCAGCCCAUCGUAAGACCACAUUCAAGCUCAUCGACUUCUACGACAAAGUCAGCGAUUCAUACACUUGUCCGGUUCCCCGCUGCAAGCGCGUCUUCAAGGAUCCUAGAGACUUCCACAAACACUUACUUGGUCCUGCUCACACUGGUGGACGCGUUCAAUGUCCUUCCUGUCUGAAAGACUUCAGCAACCUCACCGCUUUAUGCUCCCACAUGGAAUCGUUCAAUCGUCGCUGCAAGAUUAAGCACAGUGUCAAUUACAACCAGGUCCUUCGAGAGCUCACAGCUGGGGUUGUAGGCACAGGAGGCUUUCACGAUGAUGGUAGUGUGAAGUACAUCAUGCCUACUGACGAGGGUUGGGAUGCUUAG